AUGUGCAAUAAUACAGUUUUGGUUCACCCCUCAAUCGCCUCACACCUCACCCCUCACACACCUCACCCUCAUACGCCUCACCCCUCAAUCGCCUCACACCUCAUCCCUCACACACCUCACCCCCUCAUACGCCUCACCCCUCAUACGCCUCACACCUCACCCCUCACACACCUCACCCCUCAUACGCCUCACCCCUCACCCCUCACACACCUCACAACCCUCAUACGCCUCACCCCUCACACGCCUCACCCCUCACACGCCUCACCCCUCACACGCCUCACCCCUCAUACGCCUCACCCCUCACACGCCUUACCCCUCACACGCCUUACCCCUCACACAUCUCACCCCUCAUACGCCUCACCCCCUUACACACCUUACCCCUCACAUGUCUCACCCCUCAUACGCCUCACCCCUCACACGUCUCACCCCUCAUACGCCUCACCCCUCACACACCUCACCCCUCAUACGCCUCACACCUCAUCCCUCACACGCCUCACCCCUCAUACGCCUCACCCCUCACACGCCUCACCCCUCACACGCCUCACCCCUCACACGCCUCACCCCUCACACGCCUCACCCCUCACACGCCUCACCCCUCACCCCCACACGCCUCACCCCUCACACGCCUCACCCCUCAUACGCCUCACCCCUCACACACCUUACCCCUCACACGUCUCACCCCUCACACGUCUCACCCCUCACACCCCUCACACCCCUCACGCCUCACCCCUCACACGCCUCACCCCUCACACGCCUUACCCCUCACACGCCUUACCCCUCACACAUCUCACCCCUCAUACGCCUCACCCCUCACACGUCUCACCCCUCAUACGCCUCACCCCUCACACACCUCACCCCUCAUACGCCUCACACCUCAUCCCUCACACACCUCACCCCUCAUACGCCUCACACCUCAUCCCUCACACACCUCACCCCUCAUACGCCUCACACCUCAUCCCUCACACACACUCACCCCUCAUACGCCUCACACCUCAUCCCUCACACACCUCACCCCUCAUACGCCUCACACCUCAUCCCUCACACACCUCACCCCUCAUACGCCUCACACCUCAUACGCCUCACCCCUCACACGCCUCACCCCUCACACGCCUCACACUUCACCCCUCAUACGCCUCACACCUCACCCCUCAUACGCCUCACACCUCAUCCCUCACACACCUCACCCCUCACACACCUCACCCCUCAUACGCCUCACACCUCACCCCUCAUACACCUCACACCUCAUCCCUCACACACCUCACCCCUCAUACGCCUCACCCCUCAUACGCCUCACACGACUCACCCCUCAAACGCCUCACACCUCAUACACCUCACCCCUCACACACCUCACCCCUCAUAGGCCUCACCCGUCAUACGCCUCAUCAUAAGUGUCACCCCUCAUAUGCCUCAACCCUCAUACGCCUCACCCCUCAUACGUCAUACGCCUCACCCGUCAUACGCCUCACCAGUCAUACGCCUCCCACUUCAUACGCCUCACCCGUCAUACGCCUCACCCCUCGUACUCCAUGUUCCAUAAUGAACUUAUGGAACAUAAGGGGUGAGGGGUGA